ACCGGCACCACAACACUGCGACCAUUGGUCCGACGUACUCGCGUAUCGAUACUCUAAUUGUGUUUAUUAGAGGUGCUACUUGUCGAUAUUAACUGAGAAUCAACAGUGAUCGUGACAAAAUGAUGAAAAUUAUCUUCUUAGUGUUCAUACCUUUGGCUUGGAGUUAUGGACCAAAUACGCAAGGGGGUGGUGCUUUCGCGUACGUGGACUCGACUGGCAAUAGGUACGGCGGCACAUACGGCCUGGAGGACGGCAAGGUCGUAAGGACCUCAGGCGACCCGUUCCCUGAACACUUCGCAGACACAGUGGACCCCUACCACGGAGCUGACUUCGGCCCCCUAUUUUUCGGCAACUUUGACAAUUUGCUCCAAGAGGUGUUCCAAAAGAAUUUUGAGAACCAGAGACUGGCGUUUGAUGCUGCCAGACAAGCGUUCGACUUAUCGUCGAACCAGUUGGGUGGUUACUAUCCAAAUCCGAAUGUUGACUAUAGGUACCCUCCGUUCGGCGGCUUCGGAAUGCCGAUGUCGGGUUUCGGAAAUUCGGCGUUCGCGAGCGCGGCCGCGGGACCAGGAUACCAGCACCACGUCGCCGCCAUCAGCCCAUCCAAUCCAAGAAUGCCGAAUGUGGAUAGAGUGAGCCAUUUCGCGGAUACGUCACUACCAGAUGGCAGGAAAUACUACUCCGUCUCCAGCAAGUCCUACUCAUCAUCAUCUAACAUCAACGGCAGGGAGAUCUCAAACCGAGGAGCCGAAACCUUAGUCAACGACAACGGAAAAGUUACCCAUUACAAAGUACAAAACUAAUCUGUAAAAAACGAUGAUUUAAACGCCCAAAACCUUAUGAAAUUUACACUAAAACAUGGAUCUCAAGAUACAAAAAUUAUUAAAAUUGUUUCUCAAAGUUAUUUAAGCAGUUAAAGCAAUGGCGAUUAUGUAUUAUGAUAAGUCACUCUAAAAGUUGUUUGUGAAAUAAAAUGAUAUAGUAUCAAUAAAAUGAUUAUAAUAUUGGU